AUGUUCGUGUAUGUUCCACUGGAGAAUGAAAACCACAUCAAACUGAGUAAGGAACUCGAGGAGAAGAGCCGCCAGCUGAGGCAGCUGAAAGGUGAGGAUCUUGAAGGGCUGAAUCUGGAUGAGCUGCUGAAGUUAGAACAACUGGUGGAAGCAAGCCUUGGCCGUGUGAUAGAAACUAAGGAAGAGCUGAUUAUGAGUGAGAUUAUGGCACUGGAGAAAAAGGGAGCUGAGCUGGUAGAAGCCAACAACCAGUUGAGGCAGAGGAUGGUAAUGUUAUCCGGAGGAAAUACUGGACCUGCGUUUGUGGAGCCGGAGACGUUGAUUACUAAUGUUGGAGGUGGAGGAGAAGAAGACGGCAUGUCAUCUGAAUCUGCCCAAAUUGCCACCUCCACCAGCUGCAACAGUGAUGUCAGUCUCUCGCUUGAAGAUGACUGCUCCAAUGUCACUUUAUCUCUCAAAUUGGGGUGA